AGGAACAGGACAUAUUACCAAGGUAAGAACUCCUGGAGGUCAACUUUGGAAAACCAACAGCUUCUUUUAAAACAUUAGCAUGAAGACUAUCAUUUCGAUUGGUCUGCUCUUGACUGCUCUCUGCCUGGUCUCUGAGGCUGUCCAGGUCCAGGAUGGAGAAUAUUCCUUCUCAAUUGAAUCAGUUAAGGUCCUUCAGCAACUUUUGGACAGCAGCUCUGCCCUCAAGCAGCAGAAUCCCCGCCUAGUCAAGACCAGCUAUAGUGCAAUUUGUGCCAACCCAACUCUGCCUCAAGAGUUUAUAGGGCUCUGUCAGCAAAAAGGUUCGGCCCUGGUCUUCUCCAGACUAGCUGCAGUGCGUAUGGAUGUGUGUGAACUCUGUUCUUUUAAAGCCUGUACUGGUUGCUAGACAUCGUUUUUGCUUGUGAUGGGAUGUCUUUUUCCUAUGCACCCAAGUAACAACAGUUUGUUUUGCAAAUGUUACCCAUUUAAAAUGUGUUUUAUUUUGUUACAGCAUAUUUAUUUAUCAGUCUUAUUUAGAAUAGUUUUCUAUUUCUAUUUUGAUUUCUAUGAGUUCCAUAGAAGUAGAGUAGCCGUAUUGUUCUAUUCUAUAUUGUUCAUUUUCUAAUUGUUCUGUGGUCGCAUGUUCUUAUGCUCAUCAUUUCCUUAAACACGGAGUAAAACACUGCCAAAAGCAUAAUGUCUUGUGGCAAUUCUUCUAAAGGGUGAAAAAUACAGUUAAUGUCCAUCAAACCAAAUGAACACACAUUGAUUGGGAAUUGUAUUUGCCUGUGCAAAUGUUUGAGUGUCUUAUAUAUGCAAUAAAACACUUUUAAAAGUACAA